CCAGUUCAUCCCUUGUUCCUCUUCAUUGAACUUCCCCACUUUGAGUGUUAUUGUAUCCAACUGUCAGGAAGCUGGUUGUGUUUUUAAUUAGAGUGGGAGGGAAGGGCUGAACGAGUUCAAAGCCGAGCCACGUGUACAGAUCGUAUCAGAUGUCUUAAUGGCCUCUGCUGAAGUGUCGGCUUAGCAACCCGGACUUGAAGGAGUUGAAUUCCUCUGUUACCUCAUAGCAGUAACCAUGAUUUCGGUACUGCUUCACAGACUGGGGUCAGCCCAUUUGCUGCUUUUCCUUAUCUUUGUAAUGCUGGAUGUUCAUGCAAGGCCAGCCAACAUGUCCGCCCUAAAAGAAAAGUCACCAGACAGCAAAGAGGAAAAUGAAAUCCUUCCACCAGAUCAUUUAAAUGGUGUCAAAAUGGAGAUGGAUGGUCACUUAAAUAAAGAUUUCCAUCAAGAGGUAUUCCUUGGCAAAGAGAUGGAGGAAUUUGAUGAAGACUCAGAGCCCAGGAAGAAUCGACAUAAACUAAUUGAAAUCUUCACCAAAGUGGACAUCAAUAGAGAUAAAAGUGUGAGUGCAAAAGAGAUGCAGCGAUGGAUUAUGGAGAAGACUGAGGAGCAUUUCCAGCAAGCAGUUAAAGAGAACAAGCUGAGUUUCAGAGCUGUUGAUCCUGAUGGUGAUGGUCAUGUUACUUGGGAUGAAUAUCGAAUAAAGUUUCUGGCAAGCAAAGGAUUCAAUGAAAAGGAAAUUGCAGAAAAGGUGAAAAACAAUGAGGAUCUAAAGAUUGAUGAAGAAACUCAAGAGGUGCUCGAGAAUCUGAAAGACCGAUGGUUUCAGGCUGAUAAUCCCCCUGCUGAUCAGCUUUUAAAUGAGGAAGAGUUCCUGUCUUUUUUGCAUCCAGAGCAUAGCCGGGGCAUGCUUAAGUUCAUGGUCAAGGAAAUUGUCCGAGAUCUAGAUCAGGAUGGGGAUAAAAAGCUGACCCUUUCAGAGUUCAUCUCUCUCCCUGUGGGAACAGUAGAGAAUCAAAGAGCCCAGGAUGUUGAUGACGAUUGGGUCAAUGAGAGGAAAAAGGAAUUCCAAGAAGUUAUUGAUGCCAAUCAUGAUGGCAUUGUUACUAUGGAGGAGCUGGAGGAAUACAUGGACCCCAUGAAUGAGUAUAGCGCCCUGAAUGAAGCUAAGCAAAUGAUCGCCGUGGCUGAUGAAAACCAGAAUCAUAACUUGGAGUUGGAAGAGAUCUUGAAGUACAGUGAAUACUUCACUGGAAGUAAACUAAUGGACUAUGCCCGAAAUGUGCAUGAAGAGUUCUAAGCAGCAAAUCCCUUUUACCAAUGGCAGAGUGUUGGUUUUGAGGAGCAACAAUUGGCUUGCAUUUCUAAAGGCUUGUGUUUUUCUGAGCAUCUGAUUGGCUACUUAUCUGUAAAUGCAAAUAUAUUGAUGUGUGGAUCCAUUGUCUCUAUAAUUUACCAAGAAACCACUCACGAGAGCACAUCUUGAUUCAUCUUCAUAAUGUUUCAAUGUUUUUUAUUUAAAAAAAAAAA